UUGGUGGGGCGGAGCUAGUGCAGCCACCUGACCGUCUCACAUGACAGCAGCUGGCAAAGGGCCUGGUGGCUGCUGAAGGAGGAGCAGCUUCUGCUCUGUCCCUCUAGGCGGAAGCAGGGUUAGGUCUUUACCUCCAUCAGCCCUAGUAGUAAGCAGAGGAAACAACCAUUGCGGAGUGUGGAAGACUUUCCCCCCAACCUGUGUGAUGAGUGUGGCAGGACUCAGCUGUCCCUCCAGUGCCACUGCAUGAAGAUUGAAAGGCCAGGAAACGUUCUGGGUUUGGCUGUUGAUUUAUUUUAUGUUAUUCUCGUUCAUCCUGUGGAUAAUUCUUCUUUGGGACUAGUUAUUUUUUAACUUGCUUUCACUGCAAGCCAACCAGAGGGGUGUGCGUCUGCAAGAGGGAGCAGAAGUUAUUAAGAAGCUAAUUCUGUCUCUCUGAGCGGUACAGAGAAGGCCAUAUCUGCAGGAGGAAGCAGAAAGUUAUGCACUGUAGCUAGGUAAUGGUAUGCCCUUCUCUCUAAGUGAAGGGCAUUCUGUAUAAAACACUGUAUCUCCAAGGAAGAGCAGAAAGUUAUACAGAAACUAGACCACUCUGUCUGCGUGUGUUGUGCAGAGCAGAUCAUGUCUGUGAGAGGGGAAAUAAGUAUUUACAAACUUUGGUUAGCACAUGUGUGUCCACUUCUGUGAGAGUUUUCCACAAGAGAAAGUGGUUUUUGGCUCCCUCACCCCCUUGAGUUACAUGUGCUCAGAUUAGACUAAAGAUGCUUGAAUAAUAAAGAGAGGGUGGUUGUGUUUAGUUGGUAUAAAAAUGGGGCACAAUGACCAUAUGUUUAAAGUUCUGAUCGUUGGAGAUGCUACGGUUGGGAAGACGUCGCUGGUGCAGCGAUAUGCCAACGAUAGCUUCAACAAGCACUACAAAUCCACCGUGGGAGUGGAUUUUGCUCUGAAGGUGGUGCAGUGGUCAGAGUCCGAGACUGUGCGACUUCAGCUAUGGGACAUUGCAGGGCAGGAACGCUUCACAUCCAUGACCCGGCUGUACUACCGAGAGGCAUCGGCCUGCGUUAUAAUGUUUGAUGUCACUAACUUCAGCUCGUUUGGCAACAGCUGGAGGUGGAAGCAGGAUUUGGACAGCAAGCUCACGCUGCCAGAUGGAAGCCCGGUGCCUUGCUUGCUGCUGGCUAAUAAGUGCGACCUUUCCCCGUGGGCAGUGACCAGGGAAGAGAUUGAUCGGUUCAGCAAAGAGAACGGUUUCUCUGGCUGGACUGAAACAUCUGUCAAGGAAAACAAGAAUAUUAAUGAGUCUAUGCGAGUCCUUAUUGAAAAGAUGAUGUCGUCGUCCAUGGGUGAUGGAGACCUCUCUGUUUCUGGCCGCGGGGAUUAUAUUAACAUAAAAGAUGCUUCCCAACCUGGCUGGGGAUGCUGUUAGCUACGCUCACUUCUCCGUCUGCAUCAGAGCAAAAGGGAAUGUCUUUUUCACGAUGCUGGCUUUAUUAAGUGGUGAAGAAUUGUCUCCUGUUCAACACACACUGGCUCUCAGUAAAGCAUUGCAGUCCAUGGCUGUGGGAGAAUUCCUCUUUAUUCCAGCACAGUAGCCACCUAAAGCUCUCUGCUGCUCCUAUCGUUUGCUUUGUGUCUCCUGAUUCCUGACAUGGCGUUACAGUAACUCCUCAUUAUUUCACACUCUGGAUCUGUGUCUGACUAAUUUAUCUGUUGUGGAAAUGCCCAGGACUCUGACAGCUGUGGCAAUUGGGUUGAAAGAGGAUGCUUUCGGGUCGCCAAAAUACCUACUGGGGUGUUGCCUGAUCUGCAAAAUGGAUUGGUGUGAAUUUGAGAGAUUCUAUAGCACAGCUUUCAUGUGUGUACAUUGACUGCAGUGCUUAGUUUGUCCCUGCCUUCUGCUCUGUCUCAAGAAUUGCCUAAUUGCCUUUUGCCAGUUACCCCUUUUUGUCCCUCUACCCCAUACAUAUAACUCUUCUGAUGCCACUUUAUUAGGGCAUCCAGCGGUGAAUGAGAAAAAGGUUGUAAACCCCCUUGUGUUGUAGAACAACAGUACUCUUUGCUUUUAUUGCACCUUCCAUUCUGCCAUCUCCAGUAGCUUCACAAAUGCUGAUGAAUUACUUCCUUGUAACCAUUCUGCAGUGGUGAGUAAAGCCUUUGGUGGUAGUCAUGGUAUGGCUCACUGAAAGCCCAACUGCUGCUUUUGGCGAUCCAAGGAAAAGCAAAGAAAGGGACUUAACUGGUCAGAAGAAAAUAAUGGAGAAAACUCCUCUUUGCCCUUUUGAUGCCUGUUAUUCUCCCUGCAUAUUCUACAUGUGAUCAUGGCUGCUGACUGACUUUGGGGCAAAACAUUCAGAUGGUUUCAUAAAAGCACAUAUUUGGCAGUUUCCAAUAAAGGAGUUAAUAUGGAUCUCGGCCCAGUAAAGCCGUGGUUACAUGAAUUGAGGUGGUUCAGUUUUUAAUCCUAACUUAAAAUAAGGGCAAAAUGAAUCCUCUGAAACAGGGGUGGCAUUUUUCUGUGGCAGUUUCAAUAAGGAGGCUGUUUGGAGGAAGGAUAUUAAAGGGCUACUGUCAAAUAAGAGAAUGAUCUGAACAGAGGACUGUGAGCCAGGAACAUAUGGGAUCCAUUGCUUGCUAUGGGAGUGAUCUCUUCUGUGGCCUUUAGUAAACCACUUCACCCUUCGUUUUAUAUAUAUAUAAAUGGGACUAAUUACCCUGAUACCACAAAGAGCUGAAGACUAAUGAAUGCUUGUAAUGUACUUUGGACUUAAAAUGUUCUAUAUAAAUGAUGAGUAAUAAGGAUUUAGGCCCAACAUUUUGUUAAAGGAUAAAAUCCAUAGAAGAAUAGGACACAAGCAAAAUUCAAGGAUUUUGUUGUGUUAAGUGCAUUUAAAUAUUCCAUCACUGUGCAGUCAGGAUUCACAGUGAACCCAAACUGUGCAGAAGGUACGAGAGAACUGGAAAGAGGAACUAACCAGCAAUGAAGUGGAACUGACCAGUCUAAUUUUAUUGUCUAAAGAAAGUAUAAUACAAAAAGUAAAAAGCCUAAAAUAUAAAUAAAUUGGUUUUUAAAAAUCCUAUUUCUAUUUUUAGAAGUCUAAAGAUUAAAUAGGAAAAGUAAAAGGUCUUGUUUUUAAAAGGGUUGAUCUUGACAGCGUUCCUCAUGAUAUUGAUGAUAAUACCUAGCACUCUGCAUCCAUAGAUCUCAAAGUGCUUUACUAGGGAGAUCACUAGUAAUAUUCCCAUUUCACAGAUGGGGAAACUGACGCACAGGGAAGGAAGUGACUUGCCCAUGAUGGCACAGUAAGCUAGUAGCAGAGUCAGGAAUUGAACCCAGCUCUCCUGAGUUAAGUCCAGUGCCCUACCCAGUAGGCAAUAUUGCCUGGAGGAAUAGAUUUAAUCACACAUGGUGAUGCGCUUUAACCUGAUAUUCAGCUCUUAAUUUUGCAUAGGUAACUGCCUCUCAAAAAUAAGCAAAAAGCUUGAAAUCCUUAAAGGUUUCUCAUAUGCAAGACAUAAAGAUCUGCCCAAGAGCCAUGGAAUGCUGGUAUGUGCACAGGUUUGGGGGUUUUUUUUGUUUUGUUUUCACAUAUAAUUCACUGCUUGUUAGCUGCUCAAUAGGCGCAAUAGAAAAAAUGAGUGUCAAAAAUCAACCCAGUGCAGCAAAGAAUGGUCUUUGUUUGUUUUCCUGUUUGGCUGAGUUUUUAAACAGCUCUCAAUCUGACUGUGCAAAUUUGUGUUUUCAGAGCUGUGUCUCUGACACACAAGGCACUUAAAACAAAAAAGCAAGCUUGUUGUUAACCUUUGUUUAGUUCUUCUGCAAGACAAACUCUGGUUCAAAGUCCCCAUCUAAACUCAGGUUUUGCUAUGUUAGGCAACAAGUCUUAAUGUUUUGUGAAACUGUUUCUGCUCAUGUGAUUGUCUUGUCUUGUCCAUUGUGGUUGGGAGACUUUAGCUUAAAAGUUUGAUGGGUGUUUUAAUGUGAGACCAAGGUUUCUAAAAAAUUAUUAACAAAGUUAUGCCCCAUCUAUGCAGGUUUGUAUAGCCGUUCUAGGAGAAACAUGGUAGGAAACUGUUUUUAAGCAAAGAGACUGUGGAUUUUCAUCUUAUUGGUGCUUAUUAUGACUUUGUACUCUUUUUGCAUGAUUCUGUGCCAGUUGACCUCUCUCUCUCUCCUCUUCCCCCCCCCCCCCCCCCCAUGUUAUUGCUUCAUGUCAGAGAUCUUUGGUCUGUACCCAUGGGACUCAGAUUGUUAGGUUUAGUUACACAUUUUUAAAUUGUGAUACUUGGAUUACUACAAAUCUACCAAUAACUAGAAAAUUUUACUGCAGUAAAACUUCCAGGUGAUGAAUACAGUUCAAAGAGCCAGUCAACCAUAUAAAAACUCUUGAGUUCUUUUAUUGUUUUUUGUUUAAACUAUUUGCUGUUAUGCAUAGUCUUGCAUGGACUUUUUUUUAUAGACAAGAUUCCGAUUAGUGUUUCUUAAGCUACAGUAUUACUUUGUUUAUAUAAAAAGGAAAAAGCUGGUGAUUUCUUCUGUAACCAUCAGUAACCAAGGCAGUAUUGAAACAAAUUUGUAAUAAACAUUCUGACAUUUUUACACUU